AUGAUUUCCAAAAAGCUCAAAAAACAAUGCAUGACUGGGAUGACAGAUGGAACAAUGCCUCAUGGUUGGAUAAAAGCUUUGAUGUCAAUUUGUAAUUCCAAGGAGCAGAAAGCCAUCCGUGAUGCAGAGGGUAAACUCGACGCAAACAAAUCGAACAUCUUGGAAAUCAUCCAGGAAAACGAUAAUAAAAUCAGAGAGUUGGAAGAAAACAACGAGCGCAAAGUACUCCAGCAAGAGUACGAUAACAAGCGAGCGGAGUGCACAAAGUUGGAAAACGCCGUCCAUACCGUGGAGCACGUCCUGAACAGUCUGCAAGCUGACUUCGACAACGGCAUCAUAGCCAUCAAGGGCGAGGUCACGGCGUGGCGCGAUUUCCUGCCACGCAUCACCCGGAUUGAAGCAAAGGCCAGCAGCAACGCCCUCAAGAGCAACGAGCCCAUUUUCGUGAUCGUCACGGCGGUUUACAAGGGCAUCACCAAGACAUUUGGCGUGCAGUGGACGCCGAACUCGAAAUCCAAGCCGUACGAUCUGUACAAGGCUAUUGGAGAUUCCGCCAAAGGCAGCUUCCCGGUUCCUGCCGGUUCCAGCUAA